CUUAAGUUAACAGUAAAACAUAAGUUACGUUGACCUUUCAUUCACAUGUCUUCGACAUCGUGUAAUUUGUGUUUCACAGAAGAGUUUUCCAAAGUGUGCUAACAGUAUUUUUUUUGUGAUCGUGUAAAAAUACUUGUAUGAGUCUGUGUACGCGACGGUAUGGUGAAACAAUAGCUAGGGGGAUCUACUUUGAUGGAGUAACGAAAUCGAACAAACAAACAAGAUGGCGACGUCUAGAGGAGUGAAAAAAGAACCACAUGCCUAUAGUGAAAUUUCCCUUCGGGGGAACAGAUCUGUCAUGGAAUACUGUCGGACAUCAAUGUCAGCUCUGUCCGGUGCAACAGCUGGUAUACUGGGACUGACUGGCUUGUAUGGGUUUAUAUUUUAUCUUAUCACGUCACUAUGUUUGUCUAUAAUGUUGGUUGUAAAGGCAGGUAGUGGCUGGAAGAAAUAUUUUAUAUCAAGGACGCCACUUUUAACGAAUGGUUUUAUGGGUGGAUUAUUUACAUAUAUUCUUUUCUGGACGUUUUUAUACGGUAUGGUUCAUGUGUAUUGAAGACUCAUUGAUUGCCCAAUUUUCAGUCAAGUUAUUUGAUCUCGUCUGGACCCUCUGAUGUUUCCUGCAAUACUACUGUUUUCAUACAGGGUUGAGACUGGGGAGUGUUUGACCAAUAAAAGAAGUAUAUCUGUUAUGUGCAAAUACCAUCUGUCGGAUUUAUAGCAUUUAUAAUUUACUUUUUGCAAAUCACAAACAAUCUUCUCACUCCAUCACUACUCACAUAUUUUAUUUUGUCUGUACACUUGCUAUGUCAUUUAUCCGAUGCAUUUCAUCAAAAGAUUCAAGUAAAAUGUUCACUGCUUCAGAUUUAAAAAAAAAAUGUCCUUGUUCAUUUGUCUCUUGAAAUUAAAGGUUUUUUUUAGUAUCAUAACUUUCAUGUUUGCAGGAAUUGAAACCUCGUCAGUUACAUCAUGCUAACGCAAAAAUGGCAGCAAAUUGUUUGUGCUAAGUUUUAUAUGUUUUUAUCUGACUAGCAGCAAAUAUGAUUAAAGAUUGCACAUAAAAAUUCAA